AUGGCUCGAAAGAUAAAAAAUCUCGAAGGCCACAUGUUAGUAGUUGAGCAGAAUGAACUGCUGACGCAGAUCAAAGAGAAGUCUGCCAUCUUGGAGGAAAGUGAUAAGGCACUGCUCUUCUGGUCAUCUCAGUCCAGGAAUGUCAAGGGCAUCUUGCAUCGAAAAAGACACGAGCACGAGAAGAUAGUGUCCCUCAAGACGGACGUCAGCCAACGACAUCAGGAGCUGACGACGCAGAUCCAAAUAUCUGGAAAGCUACUGGAGGGCCUCCACGCUGAGAAAAAGGAGCAGUUCAUAGCCAGGUCUAUGUUACAGUUGACCAUAGAGCGUUUGAGAUCUGUGCUUAAGAAGGAAGCGGGCGGGGUAAUGGCCUUCGAUAAGAUAAAGGAGAAUUUGGAUUUCGAGAUGAAGGCUAAAAUGCUCGAGAUUGAGGCGAACAAGAGUCAGAUCAACAGUCAGAUCCAGAUUGUGAAGACGAAACACCACGAGCUGAAGCUCGAGAUAUCAGACAAGAGAUUCAAAUCCCAGCAACUCAUCAAAAAGUAUCCGAUAGACAUUUUCUCAUUUAAAUACUAA